AUGAUGAAUAAACAAACGAUUGACACUUCAUCUUCAGAACAACAAUAUAAUCGUAUAAUCGUAGAUGCAUCUGAAGAUUCAGCAACCAUAAGCAGUACAAUCAAUACCAUGGAAAUAGAAACCGACCCUUUAUUAGAUGAAUAUCAAGUAGAACCAUCUUCAGCAGGUUUCUUCUUAUGUUCAAAAUUACAUGCACGUUAUACCGUUGCUAUAUGGGCUUUCUUUGGUUUCUUUUGUUUAUAUGCAAUGCGAGUUAAUUUAUCUGUAGCUAUUGUUGCUAUGGUAGCACCACAAAGUACAUUAAAUCAAUCAGUUGAAGCAUGUCCAGCAGCCGAGAAAAACUCAACAAAACCUCCAACAAAAUAUGAGUUUGAUUGGGAUCCAUCUAAAGAAGGAAUCAUUUUAGGAGCAUUUUUCUAUGGUUAUACUGCUACUCAAGUGAUUGGGGGAAAUUUAGCAGAGAAAUUUGGUGCGAAAUGGAUAUUUGGUGGAGGCAUAUUUAUAGCUAGCAUUCUGACACUCUUAACACCAGUCGCCGCUCGUAUUCAUUAUAAACUACUCAUCGCUAUCAGAGUAAUAAUUGGCAUGGCUUCUGGUCCAGCAUUUCCAUCUGCAGCAGCUCUCUGGGGCAAAUGGGUACCAACAUCGGAACGUAGUACUGUUCCACCGGCAGCUCAGACUGGUACUAGUAUUGGUAUAAUAUUUACAACACCAUUAGUUAGUAUAAUGACUGAAAAUGGAUUCAUUGGUGGAUGGCCAUCGGCAUUUUAUGUUUUUGGUAUUGCAUCAUGUAUAUGGUUUAUAUGUUGGUGUUUUUUUGGUUUUAAUUCUCCAAAUGAACAUCCACGUAUUUCAAACAAAGAACGUCUUUUUCUCAAUAAACAUAUACCACCACGUCCAUCGAAACACCGAAGUACACCAUGGAAGAAAAUUGCUUGCUGUCCACCUGUUUAUGGUCUGGCUAUAAUGCAUGUCUGUUAUAACUAUAUUUAUUAUACUUUAUUAACAUCAUUACCCACUUAUUUUGCUACUAUACUUAACUUUAAUUUACAACAGAAUGGUUUUAUUUUUGCUUUACCUUAUUUUGUACAAUUUUUAAUAACCAUUAUUGUUGGUCAAAUAGUUGAUCGUCUACGAGCACGUAAAACAUUUUCUAUUACAACACUUCGAAAAACACAAACGAUUAUUGGUACUAUUGGGACAUGUGGAUUUUUAGUAGCUAUUGGUUAUAUGGGAUGUAAUCAAUUUCGUGCUGUUCUUUGUUGUAUUCUUGCUGUUGGUUUUCUUGGUUUACAAACAUGUGGCGCAAUUAUUUCACAUCUUGAUAUUGCAUCAAAUUAUGCUGGAACACUUGUUGGUAUUACAAAUACAUUAGCAACAAUACCAGGUUUUGUUGGUCCAUAUGUUGUUGGAGUCAUCACAAAAAAUAAUCAAACAAUUAAAGCUUGGCGUCUUAUAUUUAAUAUAUCAGCCGGUGUUGGUGCUUUUGGUAGUCUUGCUUAUUGUGUUUUAUUCAAUGGUGAAGAACAAUCAUGGAAUCGAAUAGAACAUGAAAACGAUACAAAUGAAUCGACUAAUGCUUGA